CCCGCCCGACACCGGGGUAGGGCGCAGAAGUUCCGCUGCGCCAUGCGUAGCCGGAAGUAGCCGGGCCCUAAGCUGGGGGGAGACCCGGCGGAGCGGAAGUCACUCCGUGAGGCAGUGGCGACGGCGGCGGUGAGAGGAUGAACAACAAGUUCGACGCAUUGAAAGACGAUGACAGUGGGGACCAUGAUCAGAAUGAAGAAAACAGCACACAGAAAGAUGGUGAGAAGGAAAAAACAGAACGAGACAAAAGUCAGGGCAGCAGUAAGAGGAAGGCUGUUGUCCCUGGACCAGCAGAGCAUCCCCUGCAGUACAACUAUACUUUCUGGUACUCCAGAAGGACCCCCGGCCGUCCCACCAGCUCACAGAGCUAUGAACAGAAUAUCAAACAGAUUGGCACCUUUGCCUCUGUGGAGCAGUUCUGGAGGUUUUAUAGCCACAUGGUACGUCCUGGGGACCUGACAGGCCACAGUGACUUCCAUCUCUUCAAAGAAGGCAUUAAACCCAUGUGGGAGGAUGAUGCAAAUAAAAAUGGUGGCAAGUGGAUUAUUCGGCUGCGGAAGGGCUUGGCAUCCCGUUGCUGGGAGAAUCUUAUCCUGGCCAUGUUGGGGGAACAGUUCAUGGUUGGGGAGGAGAUCUGUGGGGCUGUGGUCUCUGUCCGGUUUCAGGAGGACAUUAUUUCAAUAUGGAAUAAGACUGCCAGUGACCAAGCAACCACAGCCCGAAUCCGGGAUACGCUUCGGCGAGUGCUUAACCUACCUCCCAACACCAUUAUGGAGUACAAAACCCACACCGACAGCAUCAAGGACAAUUCAAGCUUUCGAAAUACAAAAAUCACAUUGUGAAAGUACUCAAGCUGGCAAUAAUCCUUUUCUGUAUGUGUGUGUUUGUCCGAAAUGGAUGGGAGGUCUCCAGCUGGUCCUUCCAUCUGCUCACUGAAGGGACGUCCCUGAGCCGUGUGCUCCCCUUUUGCACUCAUUCCUGGAGGACGGAUUCCGCUAGACACCCUCCAGCAUCGCUGACUUUAUAAAGCGGAAAAACAGAAAACGUGACUUUGUAAUAGACAAACUUUUUUUUAAAUGGGAUUCUGUCGGGGUGGGGGGAGUUCAGCCUUUCGUUUUGCUGUGUGCUGUCCAGAUGCCUGUCGGGCGUUCUGUUGUGCUCUUCUCUGCUGUACAAAGGGCAUCAUGACCACGUGUACAAGCCAGAGCUGUCAACUGAGAGUUAUCAGUAUUAUGAAUGUCUGUGCAUCCAGGAAAAGCUUUUUGUUGGAGAGUCCCGGAAUAGCUAUAAAUGCUCUCUUCUAGCUCUGCCGUUAAAUUAUUGGGACAUUUUGUUUAUUUCUCUCCCCUCUUCCCCCAAGCCCACCAUUUUCUGAAAAUGUGUUACUGAUUGUGUAUAGUCUCCUGCCUUAUGCCCUCCAGUCCUCCCUCCUGUGGGACUCUUUCUUCUUAGGCACUGCUGCACUUAGAAUUUUAAGCCAGUGGGCCACACUGGUUUCACUGAGGCGGCUCAGAAGGUAUGCCUUGGUAAAUUAAACUGGAGCAGAAUCCAGUGUGAUUAGGAGCUAAGUUAUAAUAGCGGUUCCAAGUGCAGGAUUUGGAGCUGAGGGCAAUGUCUGAAACCAGAUGAGCAGGGCCUGUGUGUCCAGCCUGUUUCUGUGGGUUCUUGCGUGACCCUCAUUGAGGAAGGGAAGCAAAGGCUUGGUUGUCACCCAGUAUUAACACUUCAUGUGGUAAAUUCUAUGAUCCCGAAACUGGGGCAUCUGACGAAAAGGUGACCGUGAUGGGUGGCUUUCUUUGCAUGGCUGUGCCCGUCUGCAGUGGUUGAGGAAACCUGCUUUCCGUCCGUAUCACUUGGUAGAUACGCUAGUUAGUGUGUGCUGAUCCACGAUAUCCAGACAGAAACCUCUCGUAGGCCACUGCCAAACAUGCUUUAAAAAUGACGGUCAUGCAUCAGAGAAGCCAGGUGACCUGACUCCAGAAGGACUGAAGUCAGAGAGGUCAAAAGAUCACCUAGGAUUGAAAUAAGUACUGAGUACGAGUCCUACAGCAACCUCCAAGGAGCACUGUCUUACUUGGCUCUUGUGAGCAGAGAUCGCAGUACCUUAAAUUAAGGCCUCUCCUAAAACCUAUCCUUGAAGGCCAGGCCCUUAGCCACCUGGUCUCAGAGAAAUCAUAUGAGAGUAACAGGCAUUUCCUUAUUGUAUUUAUAUUACUCUCUUCCUACUUUCCAACUCCCGAACACCUUCUAAUUACCACUGUCUUGGGAUGCUUUUUUCCCCGAAAGAACGGGAGUACAGGAGCCAAAAGGGAGGUGCUUCCAUUACAGGUGAAGUUAGAUCUACAGAGAAGAAGAUCUAGCAGUGAUUUAAACUCCAGGAGUAUGAAGAAUGAAUUAUAGUGCCCAGACAGUUGUGAAGGGCUCAGGCAAAUAUAGGAGCAACAUUGGCUGAAAUGGGGAGCAAAGGCUGCUUCCUGAGUAUUUGUCUAGACCCCAGGAAGGGCUUCACUUUUGCCUACACUCAGAUUUGCCAUGAGAAUCCCAAAGAGAGCAGACGUUUGGAUUUGCCCUCCUUGGGGCAUCUGCCUGACUAUUAACAUGUGUGCGAGCGGGUGCGUAUGUGUAUAAUGUGUUCAUGAGGGAGGGUUCUGUCAGGCUGAGUGCUUAGGUGUAUUGUCUGUAUUCAUAUUUUUGCGCUUUUUUUGGUCUCAUUCAGAUUUUUUAAUCUCUUGUGUUUUCUAGAGCUGCUCAUGUUUCCCUUCCUCCUUGUCAUUGCAGUAUUUGAAAGUUGUUUUUUACCAUCAAAAGAUGCUGACCCUUGUGCUGGUUAGAACAAGAGUUAUUUCUCUUAGGCAGUGUCUUCCCCCCAGAGCUCUCCCAGAUAUUCCGCCCAGCAGCUGUAAGUGGGAGGUCAAAGAAUCAGUUUAGCCAAACCACCCAUUUUCCAAGCUAGCUUGAGAGGUCCUUUCAUUUCUUUUUGACUCCAUGGGCCUCUGCUACACUGAGCUGUGGCAUGGCAGUGGUAAUGGUCUCACCUGUUGGGGUGAGAGGUGCACCCGGGCCAACCUCACAAACAUGUAGGUUGCUUCCAGGAGACGGGGAGUCACCUUCCACUUUGCACAGGUGGGCUGUUUCCCCAUGACCCCUCUGCUGGGUUUUCCAUUUGAAAUUGGCCCCUCCUCCUCUCCAGUGCUCUUCUCAUUUUGUCCUUCUAUUCAUGUGUGUGGGGUUUUUUCCUGUGACAUUGGCAGUGGCAAUAAUUUUCCACCUUGAGAGAAGCUUGUGGUCCACGAUGCUCCAAGAAUGAACUUCCCAGAAUUUGCCAGUGGAGGAGCAGACGCUGUGACAAAGUGAUUUGGUGUUGCACUUUCAGAGCAGUUGUCUACUGCGGUAAUAAAUGGAAAAUAUCCGCAAGAA